AUAUAUACUACUGUUGUUGCUCUUUUAUCUAAUAAUAAUAAUAAUAAUUCAUUCCCUCAACCACCAACAGUAUAUAGAUAAACUGUUGAAGAAGAAGAAGAAGAAGAAGAAAAAGAGGAAGAAUUUUGUGUGAAUAUGAGAUCCCUCAAACCAACCCUAUGAUUUGAUUCACUUGUACUGUCGUUUUUCUCCAAGAAACAAUUAAAAGCUGGACAGGUCCCGAAAAAUAUCAGAUAGCUAGCAGUCAGCUCAGCACUACUGGUGAAUAUAUAUAUAAAUAGUGUGAUGGGAAGCUGCUUAAGUAGUUGUGCCUCCGUUGAUCAAACGAGUACUGUCCAAUCGAGUUCAGCGGCAAUAUCGGAGACGACGACUAGCGUGAGCACUAGCGUUUCUGGUAACACUAACAGCAUAUUCUCUGCUGGGACAAGUAGUAGCGGAAGCAGUGAUGUGCAGGUGAUGAGUGGGAGCGGGCAGAUGUUAGCCCACCCCAAUUUGAGAGUUUUCUCGUUUUCGGAACUCAAGUCUGCCACAAGAAACUUCAGAAGUGAUACAGUUCUUGGAGAAGGUGGUUUUGGCAAAGUUUACAAAGGUCGGUUGCUCGAUUUCAAAAACGGUGCAGGUGAAGGGGCAGGAUCCCCCAUUGCUGUUAAGAAGUUGAAUUCUGAAAGCAUGCAGGGGUUUCAAGAGUGGCAGUCUGAGGUGAAUUUCCUUGGAAGACUUUCUCAUCCUAAUCUGGUCAAGCUGUUGGGCUACUGUUGGGAAGACACAGAGUUGCUUCUUGUCUAUGAAUUUAUGCAAAAGGGCAGCUUGGAGAACCAUCUUUUCGGAAGGGGUUCUGCUGGUCAGCCACUUCCAUGGAAUGUUAGAGUUAAGAUAUUAAUUGGAGCAGCUCGUGGUCUUGCAUUCUUGCAUGCAUCAGAUAAAAAAGUCAUCUACAGAGACUUCAAGGCCUCUAACAUAUUGCUUGAUGGGUCAUACCAUGCCAAGAUCUCUGAUUUUGGCCUUGCAAAAAUGGGUCCAACUGCUAGUAAAUCCCAUGUGACAACACAGGUUAUGGGCACAAAUGGUUAUGCUGCCCCUGAGUAUGUAGCAACAGGACACUUGUAUGUUAAGAGCGAUGUAUAUGGUUUUGGUGUUGUCCUAGUCGAAAUGCUCACGGGGUUGCGGGCACUCGACCCAAAUCGUCCAUCUGGAAAACACAAUCUGGUUGAAUGGAUCAAGCCUCAUUUACCUGACAGGAGGAAGUUAAAGAACGUUAUGGAUUCACGUCUGGAAGGAAAAUAUCCUUCCAGAUCUGCAUUACAAAUUGCUCAGCUUGCUCUAAAUUGUCUUGAAAAUGAACCCAAAAACAGACCGUCAAUGCAAGAAAUUGUUGAGACACUGGAAAGAAUCCACUCUGAUAAUGAGAGGCCUAGAGAUCCUAGAAUACAUUCUAGUUAUUAUCAGGCAGCUGAUAGACAUGGGCAGCAACAUCUGCACUAUCGUUCUCCAGAAGUAAAUCAAGCCUAUCCACUCCCACCACCUGCAUGAUCAUUUUCAUCUGAAAGUUAAUUUGUUGCCAACAGCCGAUACUUAUGGCUCCAAAAGUUUUCCAGAUGCAGUGAGCUUCUUGUUGUAAUAUUAAUUCAAUAGAGUUGAAAGAAUUGGAAAUUCGUCUUGGGAACCCUAUCAUUUUAGUUGUGCGCUACUAAAAUGUGCUGAUGUCAAGGCUUUUAUUAGCUUGUCUGAAAUAAGGAGAUUCUGAUUAUUAUA